AUGGGAUAUUUGACUCGUCUUCAAAUGGAUUUUAUAGAUAUGAGAAAUGUUCAAGAUGAAAAAUAUAAAUGGAUUCUUCACACAAUGGAUCAUUUUACCAAAUUCUCUUGGGCUUAUUCACUAAAAUCCAAAGAAGUUAAAUCCGUUGCCGAUAAACUUCUACAACAAUUUUAUUCAUUUGGAGCACCACGUAUUUUACAAUCGGAUAAUGGGAAAGAAUUUGUGGCUAAGGUUAUUAAGGAAUUAAAAACCAGUUGGAUCGACCUCACUAUUAUUAACGGUCGGUCACAGAAUUCUCAAACACACGCUUUCGUUGAACACAAUAACCAAAUACUUAAGUUAACUCUAUAUAAAUGGAUUCAAUUGAAUAACUGCAAAAAUUGGUCUAAAGGUUUGGCACAAGUCGUGUAUUCGAUUAACAGCAGCUCAACACAGUCUAUCAAAAUAACUCCUUAUGAAAAAGUGUUUGGUCCGAAAUCAAGCUAUGACAUCGACAUGUGGCAAGUUUUAUCGACACAAGAUGUCGUCAAUGAAGAGGAUCUUCCACAAGAUGUUAUUGAUAAACUAAAAGAAUAUGAAAAUCAAACGAAUGUUGUCGAAACUACAACGCUUUUGAAUAUCAAAAAUUCAUUGACUUCUCUGAGUUUAGUACCUCAAAUAUCAUUAGAUUUAACACUGCCUACAGUAUUGUCAUCAAAAAUUCAUAUGUCUCAUCAAAUGAAAAACAAACAGAGAAGUGAACUUCUUGCCAACGAGCAAAUUGAAUCCAACGAUACUGAAAAAGAAUCUAAUAGUAGGAAAGCUUAUUCAAUGCGUAACAAUCAACGACUACGAUCUGAAACUGAAGCCAUGGACAUGACUAUCACUUUCAAGCGAAGAAAAUUAUUCCACGAUGCAUUACAUCAAUAUUAA